AUGAAAUUCCUCAACACGACGGCUACGUCCCCCUUGCCUGUAGCUGUGCCGGCGCCGCUGGCUUCUACUGAGCUCCACGUGCACCGCGUCAGCGGCGACUGGGCUUCUUGGGGGCUUCGCUUCCUCGACCCUGGCCCCGGCAAGGUUCACACGCACGAUGCCAAGACAUCUGUGCAGGAUCCGCACUCCUUGCGGCACUUCUUGCCCGACAAGGCAGACUCGGAUGCUUCAGCCGCAACGAGCUCCAGCGACGAUCAGCCAACGCUGGUCGACCCUCGAGACACGCAGGUGCCAGCAGUUCCCCGGCGGCCCCUGAAUUGGGAGGCUCUGCUGAGCUUGGCAACCUGCGUUGGACUCUAUCGCAAAGGCAGUACAGCCUAUGGGCGGCCUAGAGCAAUGCUUCAGAUGACGGAGCAAGUUACCUGGGACACACCAGGCGUACGAGCUCCGACUGAAGAGCACGCACUCCUCAAUGACCAGCCGGCCCAGACUGAGCAAACUGGGCUUGGUGGCUCCUAG